AUGCGCCAAGAUGCUGGUUUUCGCCGUGCCAGCAACCUGCGCCGUCUCCCGCCUUCGGUUUUCUUGAUCCUGUCUGGAUACCAGGCUCAGGAGGAUGGGGAACGAGAGUGUGUGACAGAUGCUUCGCAAGCCCACCACCACUGUAAACUCAUUCGCAUGCUUGUAACCGUCCCUGCCUUUAUCCUGCUAUGGGGAACACGGCGGAUAUCUGUAGAAGUGAAGGUAGAAACAUCGAACGAAAAUCCUUGUCGCGCGACCUCCUUCCUGUAAGGAUCAUUGCUCGUCACUUUAGAGCCAGCAGCAGAAGGUAUUUCAAGGAUGUCUACUUUAAACGGUGUACGAAGUGAUCUGAGCUACUUAUGAAAUUAAAUGCAUUUUCAAAUGAAUGCACGGUGUACAGCCUUGCGAUUCCACUACAGUGAGGUAUUCAGAGGUGGGUUCUGAAUUCCUUGACGGGAGAAUAUAGCGGCUGAAGGAAUAGUUAGCCACUCCGCAGGAUGACGACGAGUUAACGUGACGGACGGUCUCUGUAACAGCAGGUAAGGUCUAAAUUAGGAGUGAUUGCUAAUGAAACUGCAUUUUUGUCUAUUUCGGAAGUAUCUGUACUGUGAUUCCCUCAGACCGCUUAUUUACUUGUUCGCUAUGUUCAACUGUUGGCAUUAGAGUGCAUAAAAACAAAGGAAAUUUUCCGUGGAUUUCAAACUGCUUCUUCUAAGUGCGCAUCAAAACAAUAUCUCAGCAAAAGAAUAGUAAGUUGCCUUAGACAAUGGGACAUGAAUAAUGUUGCGUCAUCGGUUUCUCCCUUUAGGAAGAUCAGAUCUAAUUUUCGGGCACAAAUCGAUUGCAGGACCAUUUACUAUAAAUCGAACUGAGGGAUGUUUGUUUCAAUGUAUGUGUUUAGUAAAAGUACCGAUACGUUCUUAAUACACCGGUAACAGCAGAAUAAAUGCAGUUUUACAAGACACCUGCAGUUCCCAUUGUCACUAAUUAACGCACAAUUUUGGAAAAAACGUUUGCAUUGUUAACCGAGUUCAAGCAGCCCAAUCAGGAACGCAUCAGUUGUUGGUAUGAAAUCGGUUUAAUACCUGAGGAAUAUUAUUCCCCUUCGGUAAAACUCUCAACAGUCAAGUAUCUGACCGGCUGCUGAACGCCAUAUAGUAUUUUGGCGGUCAACUCCAAGGUAGCGUCAGCAAUCGCGUAAUGAUUCGGCGGCCAAAGCAAACUGAUUGGCCAACGAUGCCCACCUUCCUACCCAAUAAAAAGAAUGCUACUUGAAGCGCCGAGAGAAGCAUCACACGCAAAAUCCUGCGCAGUUGGAAGCGUGUCCUUCAGCCACGCGCAGCCUGGGAUAUAUAGUUCAGAAGCAUUAAAAGUAGGUGUGAUUAUAAGACUGCUGAUUGCUAUUUUCUAAUAUAUGCAACAUUCCAUCCUUACGCUUUUGUCUGCCGUUGGCGCAUGCCAAGACUUUUCGUACACGUUAAAGCAUUUACUUGUCCCAUUCUUAAGUUGAACCCCUUUAAGCUUCUCAUCGCAGAUACACACACUGUUCGGACAUGAUCACGUCUUUUUGCCGAAUUACGAGUUAUCCGGAAUGCGAAAUCAUCCUGUUUUUAAUAAUUUCUGCCAAGACGCGGAAUUGUUGUAUGUGCCUCUAGGCUUCCUAGCGAACGUAAUUUGGUUGUCGCGGCAGUAAAAGUCUUAAUUUAGCUUAACUGAGACGCUGAAAAUUGAUGGGGGUUUUUCUGGGCAUUAUUUUUUUCUCUAAACACCUUUGGUCGACCACAGAAGGAAAGAAAGCUUUAGCCCCCAAAUUCUAUACUUGAAAGAUCAAAUUGUUUUAGAAACUUGCUUUUUCUGAGACGUUUCUAGGAAAAAUAAAGUAGACACGGCACCAAGCAGUACUAUGUUUUGUAGUUGAAACCUGUAGUAACUCCUUUUUUACUUACUUGCAAGACCUGUUUUCGUUUGUUUGAAUGUUUGACAUUAUCUUAAAUCCGUCCCCAGUAGUAAUAUUUUUGUACGGUUAAAAAUACAUUUCUUGCUCAUGAUCAACGGUCAGUCCGUUAGCAAUGUGAGUGGGUGAAUCAUUUCAGAUUAGUGGUUAAUUUAAUAUUAAUCACUUAUAUUAUUUUUCGUAAAUUAUCUUAUGCACUACCGCAAUGAAUGAAAUUCGAAGCCCUACGGCAGGCAUUCCGCAUCGUUGUUAUUAUCAAAGCGUAUUACUGCGAAGUGAGAAUUUCAUCUAUAUACUGACGCAAAAACCCACUGUAAUUAAAUGCAAAUACCCUUUUAAAGAUGUCAUACAUUUUGGCUAUUUCCUUAGCUUUUGAGUGCUUUUGAACUUGCCUAUCUUAAGAUUACGUAUACAAAAGUGCUUAGGCGUUUGCGCUGAUAUUUAUUGCGUCGACCGCAAGCAGCUAGAGUGGGAUAAACGUUCGGCAAAAGGUCAUUUACUGUUCACGGUCUACGUCAAGAUGUAAUUAGGAUAAGUUGAUUUUCUCGUAUAUUUCAAGACGGGCGUUGUAUUGAAUUGUAAGAAGUGCGGAGGGGCGGGAGAAUUUUCAAACUUUGCCCAUCGGUAUGUGUUGAUGCCGAGGGGCACUGUAAAAUGCCUCUGAAACACGCCAGCAACAAACAAGUGACUGCGGGUCGUGGGCCCACAGUGAUGUCGUGUGAUCUGCUGUGUGAGGCUUACCUAAAUAAAUCUCUUUAUGGCUGUACGGCUCCGCGGUUGUCUCGCCCGCCAUCUAUGAAACACCACCGGAAUUUGGUUUCUAUCUUUAUUUCUGGUUAUUCUCGAGCUGCUGUAAUUAGCCUAAAAAUGCACUGGUUACUCUCGGCAAUCUCGAUCGCCCCUUCUUGGAUGUUUGCCAUGAAAUUCAUCCAUGCAUAAAUACAUAUAGAUGGCCAAAACAGGAUCGCAUCUUCAUUAAAAUACUUUAUACCACAAUGGUGUUUAAAAUGAAGAGGAUUAGGAGAUCCCGAGUAAGAUGUUAUUUUCUAAUGGUGCAAGCAAAGGCCGGCCUUAUUGAAAACACGUUUACCAACCGACUUACGGGAACCGCUCGUCCUUUUGCACCUCAGUUGGGCUCACUGUAAGUCCGUCCAGGCAGUUGCAUUUUAAUCGGAGUGUGUGAGCAGACGUCCGAUGAAUAAUGAAUGCGGGUUUGAGCCUUAAGUUCCACAAAUUGGAGUUUCGACAAGGCCCCAACCAGGUGUGCCUUAUCUCCGUCUACAAUGACUGACUCUUCUUUCAUGGUAUUCUACGGUCGUCCUUAUUAUUAUACGCUAUGUAAACGAGGUUUAAAUGAUUCCAGCUCCGAGAUGGUGAGUGCCUGUUUGUGCCACACUUUGCUCUUAAUUUUGGUUAUUUUUUUUAAAAGUUUUCUUCCCUUGCAGUCUGCUGUGCCCGUCUCACAGACGCUGUGCCCACACUGUUUCAGGUAACGAGAUGUAUCGAACGUUUCUAUUCACAACAUUACUUGCGACAACACUACUGGCCAAAAACACUCUGUCAGAACCUCUCCAAUUGGAUAUCAGUCGCGCUGUUCGAAGGCAUCAACAAUAUCGGCAGGCAAUCAAAUCCUCGAACAUGAUAAAGGCUGUGAGCUAUUUUCCCACAUUUUGGAAAUGUUUGCAUGCAACAUCCUACCGAAAUAAUAAUUAAUCAAGACUAUUUACUAGCACAAACUGUUGAAGGUUGUCGAAAAGUAACUGAAAGGGGGAAAUUUAGCUAGCAAGCAAGGCUGGAACAGCGUCAUCAAUCAUAAGAACUCUAACACGUUCCUAACCUCAGUGCCCAAAAGGGUCAGCCAGGAGAAUAUUGACUCCCCUUGUAUUACAUGUGGCCCUGCGCUAAACUUCAGGGGAUACCUUUUCCCGUGUACUAACUCUUACUCUAGUCCUAGCCCUCCUAACCCUAAUCCCUCUGUGAUUCAGCGCGAGGUCACCGGUAGUUCGGGGUGGUUCAUGUUGCUUUGCCAAGCCUUUAAAGCCCUUACAGCAUGCUAAACCGUUGCCACAUAACUUUGAUUUUGACUGUUGUUGCCUAGUUCUUCCAGGUUAUAACACAGGACUUUUUCAAACGGGAAAAAUAUCAAGGAUUUUUACAUAUUGCCCAACUGACGGUGCUUGGAUGCAAAAGCAGUUUUCUGUCUUUCUUUUAGGUCUGGUCUCCAGAGCUUGCAACAAAAGCCGCAGCUUUGCUAAGUACCUGCCCCGUUGAUGCCGAGCGCUUGGAAGAACAAAUGAAGAACAGCACAGAUGCGAUGAAUAUCGGUUUCAGUAGCUUCGUCAGCCCUUCUCGCAUCCGCGGCCCAGAGGAUGUGCAGCUAGGGAUCAUCGAUAUAUGGGGAUCUCAGCGGGCCAAUUUCCAGUAUUCUCGAGGUUGCGGUGAUGGCAGCUGUAAGGAAUAUAUUCGGGUAAUCAUCUAAAUAUUAGUCUUUUAAUUUUGAAAAAUAACAAUAAGAACCCGAAAACGUUAACUUUUAUGGCAAUCAAGUGCAUUACGGAAUCCUUGAAACACACUAUUUUUAUCCAAAAAUUGACAAACUUUCUCAACACUGGAAAUUGCGGUAGGCAACUUGGUUUUUACCAGGAACUAAAAAAUCUUUGACAGGCCGCUUUAGAACCAUUACGUCACAGAAGUCGAUAUUAUCUCCCCGUAACUAUGACAGCCUGGACUUCAAAAUGCAAAAUUUAUGAUUGUAUAAUGAUGGAAAGCGGGCAACUGAUAAUAUCUUUUUUUCUGCCAAACUGAGAAGCAAGAAAAAUACAAGCACUCCGUAUUCGUUCUUUAGUCAUUCCAUUAUUUUUUCCACUUUUUCGCGCAUCUGUUAGAAUAGCGCUUUUGAGCACAUUAUUCGGGCAAAGUCAAAUUUCCCAUGGCGGCUCCCACGAUUCGUAUUUAGUUCCCCAUGGAGGGAGGAUGAUGCUAGAAGCGCUUAAGUGCCCGUUAUAUAAGGCUUGUUCGUUUAAUGCCAAGUUUAUUUAAAGCAUCUGUCCUGAGUUGCAUAUGACGUAAUAGCACCCUAUUUCUACAAAGUGUAAACAGUCAGCAGACACUUAUUAAGUAUUUUUCGGGUUCAGUCCGCAUAAUGCCCGAUAAAAUCGUUCAUACAGUCGUUUGCUACUACUUCGUUGAUGGGUACCAAUCUUUAGCUUAAAAAACUGCAGCAAUAAUACUCGUCAUUCCAAUUCUGCCGCAGUCUAUGCACUUGUUUUUAUAGAUGAUUUCGGCCGGUAUGUAUCAACUGGGUUGCGCCAUGGCAAAAUGCGCAGACGAAUCCAUACUGGUUUGUCUCUACAAGGACAGGUUAGUUUUGGCUUACUUCAAACAUCGUACUUUAUCCUUUCUCUAUCGCUUUUACGUAAUUAAUGCUGAAUUUGGUUGAUUGCUCUAGUUUUGACCAACUUUAAGGAAGUAAAGUUAAGCAAAACAACAAAGAACGAAGUUUUGGUAUCAUUCAGAAUCUGGCGUUUGUGCACGCGAUCGAGAGUAUUUCCACUACGGGAUUGAUUAACAAGACCACACUAACCCGUCACACAGCAGUGAAGCCUGCAGUAAAAACUUUGCAGGUUAACAGGAGAGAAAAAAGGCAGUGAACCCAAGCCGACUGACAAAAAGGAAAAUUUUCCUCCAUAGAAACAAAGAGGCGAGAUCCUGGCAGCAGUAGAGCAGGAGACGCAAUCGUUUGAACAAGAUAUAUAUGUGCGCGGAGUUUCGAAUCCACAUUUACGUCCAUCAUCAGAGGCGGAAUUUGAUUGUCUUCGACACAGCCUGAUUUUCCUCCUAGACCUAAUGUUAAGCCAAAACGUUAGUCUAAUUGAACUCUUUUUUGUAAAAUUCAGCCCGGUUUUUUGCCUCUCUGAGGAAUGAAGUCCUCUCCAGGACGUCUAUCAGGCAGCAGCGGAUAGGAAAUUAUUUUCAGAUCGUUGAUGACGCAGUAAAGGAAGAAUAGUUUGCGCAGUACGAUAUGCCAAGAAGACAGCUCAGACCGGAAUGGCAACUUCUUGCUUAGUAGGAGUCACCAGCCAGUCAUACCCAACCACGGAGAUUCGCAACUCCUGGCUUCCGAACCCGCGUUCGCGAUGCGGGCAUGCUUGCCCCGUCGUGUCUUUGGGCUCGCUAUGCGACUGCCUGCGGUACUUGAAAUGGGACCCAAGGCACACUGAGGCGAGUAUAUCCCGUAGUGCGUUUGACAAGCGCCCUCUACCAUGGAAAAAAGUGUAGCAGAUCUAGUAAAAGCGGUUUAUUUUUUCAGCAAAAGCAGCGUCCGGGGAAGUCCUAAGAGACCAGACCCAUGAAUGAGCUAUCACGGCACGCCAACAAGCACGUUAACCCUGACUGCUGGGGCCCAGAACUGAGCCAAAUAACACGUUCUAAACCUUCUAGGAUCGGAGGAUUUGCGCCGAUGACAGUUCGACCGUGUUUACCGACUAUGUCUGCCGUACCUCCCACGGCAUCAUGGGACGCUUUCGCAUGAAUCAUUUUACAGCAGUAACGGACUUGCGCUGCGCUUACUACACUCUGUCCUCCUCCUCCUCCUCCUCCUCCUCCUCCUCCUCCUCCGCUAACUUGAGUCCGGGGACAAAGUCAAAAAGACUGGAGACAAAAUCGGGCACAGGUCGAUGGCGCGGAGUGAACCUGCGCCCAGACUUGCCACAAUGUCCCCUUCUGUAUAGCCGCUGCCAUGAGUCCGCAACCCAAUAA